AUCUUUCUUUCCACGGCAUCUACGGUUGAAGGUAGACGUGUACUCUGCGUUUCGCAAGUUUAAUAUAAAUUUAUAAAAGUAUGUCUGAGACUUUGCAAUUGAGGGGUACCCUCUUGGGUCAUAAUGGUUGGGUAACACAGAUUGCCACCAAUCCGAAGGAUCCCGAUACCAUCAUCUCAGCAUCUCGUGACAAGACACUUAUUGUGUGGAAAUUAACCCGUGAUGAGGAUACUAACUACGGUUUCCCACAAAAACGCCUUUAUGGACACUCGCAUUUCAUUAGUGAUGUAGUGCUGUCAUCUGAUGGUAACUAUGCGCUAUCAGGUUCCUGGGAUAAAACACUCCGUUUGUGGGAUUUAGCUGCUGGCAAGACAACCCGUCGCUUUGAAGAUCACACUAAGGAUGUUUUAUCUGUUGCCUUCUCUGCUGAUAAUCGUCAAAUCGUUUCUGGUUCUCGUGACAAGACCAUCAAAUUAUGGAAUACCUUGGCUGAAUGCAAAUUCACCAUUCAAGAGGAUGGACACACCGAUUGGGUGUCAUGUGUACGUUUCUCACCUAAUCACUCAAAUCCAAUUAUUGUAUCCUGCGGUUGGGAUCGUACAGUUAAGGUCUGGAAUUUAGCCAAUUGUAAAUUGAAGAACAAUCAUCACGGUCACAAUGGUUACUUAAACACUGUCACUGUAUCGCCUGAUGGUUCGCUCUGCACCUCUGGUGGCAAAGACUCAAAGGCUUUGCUUUGGGAUUUGAAUGAUGGCAAGAAUCUAUACACUUUGGAACAUAAUGAUAUCAUUAAUGCCUUGUGCUUCUCACCCAACCGUUAUUGGUUGUGUGUUGCCUAUGGUCCAUCAAUUAAGAUUUGGGAUUUGGCUUGCAAGAAGACAGUCGAGGAAUUGCGUCCAGAGGUCGUCUCGCCAACCUCAAAGGCAGAUCAGCCACAGUGUUUGUCUUUGGCUUGGUCGACUGAUGGUCAAACUUUGUUUGCUGGCUAUUCUGACAAUACCAUCCGUGUAUGGCAAGUCUCUGUUUCUGCUCAUUAAGAUGACAAUUAAGAAGAAAAAAAUCACGGAGAAUAAUUAAAGCUUUUUUUAUUUGCUUAUAUUUCUUACAUUUAUAAUGACAAUGUAACUAAUAAGCAAAUGUGUUGAAGCGCUAAUUUGUUUAUUAUAUAAGCAAAUAAAUAAUAAGAAAAUAAUA